AUGGGUCAACAAAACCCCCCUCAGGGAGGCUCGCGCAAGAUCUCCUUCAACGUGUCCGACCAAUAUGAGAUUCAAGAUGUGAUCGGUGAAGGUGCCUACGGUGUGGUCUGUUCUGCUAUCCACAAACCGUCUGGACAAAAGGUCGCAAUUAAAAAGAUCACCCCGUUCGACCACUCGAUGUUCUGCCUCCGGACCUUGCGCGAAAUGAAACUCUUGCGCUACUUCAACCACGAAAACAUUAUCUCCAUCCUCGAUAUCCAACGACCUCGCAACUACGAAGCUUUCAGCGAGGUGUAUCUGAUCCAGGAACUCAUGGAGACUGACAUGCACCGUGUGAUCCGCACACAAGACUUAUCUGAUGAUCACUGCCAAUACUUCAUCUACCAGACGCUACGUGCCUUGAAGGCCAUGCACUCGGCUAACGUUCUUCACCGUGAUCUGAAGCCCUCAAACCUCCUCUUGAAUGCCAACUGCGACUUGAAAGUGUGCGACUUCGGUCUGGCGCGAUCGGCGGCCUCUACGGACGACAACUCGGGGUUCAUGACAGAAUAUGUUGCUACGCGUUGGUACCGUGCCCCCGAGAUCAUGUUGACCUUCAAGGAAUAUACCAAGGCCAUUGAUGUUUGGAGUGUGGGCUGCAUCCUGGCUGAGAUGCUGAGUGGGAAACCGCUUUUCCCGGGCAAGGACUAUCACCACCAGUUGACUCUCAUCCUCGAUGUGCUGGGAACCCCAACUAUGGAAGACUACUAUGGUAUCAAGUCGCGACGAGCACGCGAAUAUAUUCGCUCUCUUCCCUUCAAGAAGAAGAUCCCGUUCCGUGCGCUCUUCCCCAAGAGUAACGAGCUCGCUUUGGAUCUUCUCGAGAAGCUGCUUGCCUUCAACCCGGCCAAGCGGAUCUCGGUGGAGGAAGCCCUCCGUCACCCAUACCUGGAGCCGUAUCAUGACCCAGAGGAUGAGCCGACGGCCUGCCGAUCCCAGAGGGAUUCUUCGAUUUCGACAAGAACAAGGACACUCUGA